AUGCUUCCAAGACGCGAGCUGAAAUUUGUUACAGUAUAUGCUGACUCUCUCAUUAUUGUCAAAGGUGCAGAUCGUUCCGAGGACAGAGAUAAGCCACACUGUAUUUGCUCUCUUGAAGAAAGUGGGAAUGAGUUGGCAUUUGCAGACGUAGAUAUGUUUAGGAUAGAUAUGAUAACUUUAACCGAUGAAAAGAGCACGACAUGGUCGUCAUUCUUCCGAACAUUUCACACAAAAGUGUCUUCACUCCACUUCAACAUUACCGUAGUCACCACAUGGGCGCUGCUGAAUAUAGUCGAGUCUUUAUGUCCUAAGUCAUUAACGAUCGAAUUCGAAAUGACUGAAGGACCUUUACGGGUUCCUCGACUUUGUCAGCAUCGUGCUGUGCAGAAGGAGUGGUUGACUGGAAAACGAGCAAUAAAAAUCUACGAGAUUACAGCAAGAGGCUUCGUCUCCCCUUCACAUUUAUUUCACAAUAUCCCAGCUGAACACGUGAAAGAUACGGACAACUGGCUGAUUCAAAGAGGAAAAGACGUCUUGUGCGUAACCGCUACUGGGCACAAAGCAGCUGUUGUCAUUCCUUUCGUGUACGUAGAUCUCGAUAAUGUUUCUUUUAUGAGAGUCAUUCAAGUAAACACACUUUAUGUAAUUCUGUACUGA